AUGGCCUCCAUGUCGGUCUCGGAGGAGGAUUUGUCCUGUCCUGUGUGCUGUGAAAUCUUCAAGGAUCCUGUUCUUCUCACCUGCACUCACAGCAUCUGUAAAGCCUGCCUGAAGACCUUUUGGGAAACCAAAGGAUCCAGAGAAUGUCCAGUCUGCAGGAGAAAAUCCUCAAGAGUUGAGCCUCCUCUUAACCUGCAUCUGAAGAACCUGUGUGAGAAUUUACUACAGGACAAAAAUAAAAAAGAGUCCUUUUGCAGUCUGCACCGUUCAAAACUCAAGCUCUUCUGUGAAGAUGACAAACAGCUUGUGUGUGUGGUGUGUCGAGACUCAAAACUGCACAAAACCCACAACUUCAGUCCCAUCGAUGAAGCAGCACUUGAGCGUAAGGAAGAACUGAAGGUCAAACUGCAGCCCAUACAGAACAGGCUGGACACUUUUAAAAAGGCUAAAGAAACCUGUGAUGAAACUGCCCAACACAUUACAGUCCAGGCUCAACACACAGAGAGGCAGAUCAAGCAGGAGUUUGAGAAGCUUCACCAGUUUCUACGAGAUGAAGAGGCAGCCAGGAUAGCUGCACUGAAGGAGGAAGAGGAGCAGAAGAGUCAGAUGAUGAAGGAGAAGAUUGAGAAGAUAAGUGAAGAGAUCUCAUCUCUUACAGACACAAUCAGAGCCAUAGAGAAGGAGAUGGGAGCUGAUGACAUCUCGUUUCUACAGAACUACAAGAGCACAGUGGAAAGAGCCCAGGGCACACUACGGGAUCCAAAGACGUAUUCAGGAGCUCUGAUCAAUGUGGCAAAGCACCUGGGCAACCUGAAGUUCAGAGUCUGGGAGAAGAUGCAGGAGAUUGUUCAGUACACUCCUGUGAUUCUGGAUCCCAACACUGCAAACCCACAUCUCAUCCUGUCUGAGGAUCUGACCCAGAUAUGGGAGAUACAUAAGAGGGAGCAGCUUCCUGACAACCCAGAGAGAUUUGAUGGGAAUCUCUGUGUCCUGGGCUCAGAAGGCUUUAACUCAGGGACUCACUGCUGGGAUGUGGAGGUUGGAGACGGUGAACUCUGGAAACUGGGAGUAAAGACAGAGUCUGGGGAGAGGAAGGGAUGUAAUUGCAAUAGUACAUACAGUUCCAGUAAUAGUGGAGUCUGGAGUGUGGAUCAUUCUUAUGGUGAUUAUGCAACAUGCUCCCCAUCCCAGCUAGACACCACCAUCAUAGUGCAGCAGAAUCCCCAGAGGAUCAGAGUGCAGCUGGACUGGGACAGAGGAAAACUCUCAUUCUCUAACCCUGAUAAUAACACACACAUACACACUUUCACACACACUUUCACUGAGAAACUGUUUCCAUUCUUUCACACACUCUCAUCUCUGAGUAUCUCACCAGUGAAGGCUGCAGUAUCAGUAGAGCAGCUCAGGUAGAGUUCACACACCUGCUGCACUAUCAGCUCAGGUAGAGUUCACACACCUGCUGCUCUAUCAGCUCAGUUAGAGUUCACACACCUGCUGCUCUAUCAGCUC